GCAGAGGCAUCUUGCAUCAGCCCGGGGAAGUUCGCUCCUCGCCUGGCUCCCGCCGCCCGGGCGAGGGGCGAGCAGCCCACCCUGCUGCCGUCCCCAUCCUGCUCCGGACUCCCGCCAUGCCGGCCCUGCCCAGAGCUGCCCUGCUGUUACUGCUGCUGCUGCUGCUGCUGUGCAUCCUGCUGGCAGCCAGAGCCCAGGUCAACCCCGCUGUGUGCCGGUACCCCCUGGGAAUGUCGGGUGGGCACAUCCCUGAUGAGGACAUCUCAGCCUCCAGCCAGUGGUCCGAGUCCACGGCCGCCAAGUACGGACGGCUGGACUCGGAGGAGGGCGAUGGUGCCUGGUGCCCCGAGAUCCCAGUAGAGCCUGACGACCUGAAGGAGUUCCUGCAGAUUGACCUGCGUGCCCUCCACUUCAUCACACUGGUGGGCACCCAGGGCCGUCACGCCGGAGGGCACGGCAAUGAGUUUGCCCCCAUGUACAAGAUCAACUACAGCCGGGACGGCACCCGCUGGAUCUCCUGGCGGAACCGGCACGGGAAGCAGGUCCUGGAUGGAAACUCCAACCCCUACGACAUCGUCCUCAAGGACCUGGAGCCACCGCUCAUUGCGCGCUUCGUCCGCUUCAUCCCCGUCACCGACCACUCCAUGAACGUGUGCCUGCGUGUGGAGCUGUACGGCUGCGCGUGGCUUGACGGGCUGGUGUCCUACAGUGCUCCGGCCGGGCAGCAGCUCGUCCUACCCAGCGGCACCGUCAUCUACCUGAACGACUCUGUGUAUGAUGGGGCCUUCGGGUACAGCAUGACAGAGGGCCUGGGCCAGCUGACAGAUGGCGUGUCGGGGCUGGAUGACUUCACACAGACCCACGAGUACCACGUCUGGCCGGGCUAUGACUACGUGGGCUGGCGCAAUGAGAGCACAGCCGGCGGCUACGUGGAGAUCACCUUCGAGUUUGACCGCAUCAGGAACUUCACCACCAUGAAGGUGCACUGCAACAACAUGUUCGCCAAAGGGGUGAAGAUCUUCAAGGAGGUGCAGUGCUAUUUCCGAUCCGAUGCCAACGAGUGGGAGCCCAACGCCAUCUCCUCGGUGCUGGUGCUGGACGACGUCAACCCCAGCGCCCGCUUCGUCACCGUGCCCCUGCUGCACCGCAUGGCCAGUGCCAUCAAGUGCCAGUACUACUUCGCCGACACCUGGAUGAUGUUCAGCGAGAUCACCUUCCAGUCGGAUGCAGCCAUGUACAACAACUCAGCAGUUCCCCCGGAGAUGCCCAUGGCCCCCACCACAUACGACCCCACGCUCAAGAUGGACGAUAGCAACACACGCAUCCUGAUCGGGUGCCUGGUGGCAAUCAUCUUCAUCCUGGUGGCCAUCAUCGUCAUCAUUCUGUGGCGGCAGUUCUGGCAGAAGAUGCUGGAGAAGGCAUCACGGAGGAUGCUGGAUGACGAGAUGACCGUCAGCCUCUCCCUGCCCAGUGAAUCCAGCAUGUUCAACCACAAUCGCUCCUCCUCCUCCAGCGAGCACGAGUCCAAUUCCACCUACGACCGCAUAUUUCCCUUGGGUCCGGACUACCAGGAGCCCUCACGCCUGAUCCGCAAGCUGCCUGAGUUCACGGCGGGUGAGGAGGACACGGGCUGCAGUGGCCUCGUGAAGCCAUCCCCGGCCAGCGGCCCCGAGGGUGUCCCGCACUACGCCGAGGCUGAGAUUGUGAACCUGCAGGGCGUCACGGGUGGCAACACCUACUCGGUGCCGGCCCUCACCAUGGACCUGCUGUCUGGCAAGGACGUGGCUGUCGAGGAGUUCCCCAGGAAGCUGCUGACCUUCAAGGAGAAGCUAGGGGAGGGCCAGUUUGGGGAGGUUCAUCUCUGUGAGGUGGAGGGGAUGGAGAAGUUCGCGGACAAGGAGUUCACCCUGGAGGGCUUGGAUGCCAGCCCCAACUGCCCCGUUCUAGUGGCUGUGAAGAUGCUGCGGGCCGAUGCCAACAAGAAUGCCAGGAAUGAUUUCCUGAAGGAAAUCAAGAUCAUGUCACGGCUCAAGGACCCCAACAUCAUCCGGCUGCUGGCGGUGUGCAUCACGGACGACCCGCUGUGCAUGAUCACUGAGUACAUGGAGAACGGCGACCUCAACCAGUUCCUGUCCCGCCACGAGGCGCAGAGCCCACCUGAUGCCCAGGUGCCCACCAUCAGCUACAGCGACCUGCGCUUCAUGGCCACCCAGAUCGCCUCCGGCAUGAAGUACCUGUCCUCCCUCAACUUCGUGCACCGUGACCUGGCCACACGCAACUGCCUGGUGGGCAAGAGGUACACCAUCAAGAUCGCCGACUUCGGCAUGAGCCGGAACCUCUACAGCGGGGACUACUACCGCAUCCAGGGCCGUGCUGUGCUGCCCAUCCGCUGGAUGUCCUGGGAGAGCAUCCUGCUGGGCAAAUUCACCACGGCCAGCGAUGUGUGGGCGUUUGGUGUGACACUGUGGGAGACCUUCACGCUGUGCCGGGAGCAGCCCUACUCACAGCUGUCUGACGAGCAGGUCAUCGAGAACACCGGGGAGUUCUUCCGGGACCAGGGCCGGCAGACGUACCUUCCCAAGCCUGCACUGUGCCCCGACUCUGUCUAUAAGCUAAUGCUGAGCUGCUGGAGACGGGACACUAAAGACCGUCCCUCCUUCCAGGACCUGCACCGCCAGCUGCAGGAGGCGGCCACCGAGGAGUGACCCCGUGCCCAGCGGGCACCCACUUCCCAGGAGGAGAAGCCCCAUUGUGGCAGGGGGAGCACAGGGCAGCACGGCCCGGGGGGCUCCGAGCUGGGAGCACUGCGGGCUGGACAGAGGUUAUUUAUUGGGGACAGUGACUUUGUGGGCCCAGGACCACGUGCCUUAAGGGAACCCCUCCGGUUCCUCGCCGUGCACCAUCAGACCCCUGCAUGCGGAUGGGAGGAACUGUGGAUUUCAGGGUGCACGGACCCCUCUGACUGUUUUUUUUUACACCGUUACUUCGUCGCGGCACCAUUCGCAGUACCCUAUUGCUGAGGCAUGUAUAUAUUCAGUAGAUGCACCUGUAUAUACGGGAGAACCCGCUGAAGAGAU